CAUGAUUUAAAUUUUUAAUUAUGCUACCAAUGGAUGUCGAUAUUCAUCCAAACAGUAGAAAUGGUGGUUCCUCUGUUUACCAUGGACAACGAUUAAGUACAGAUAUACCUGAUAGUAUAAAUGUCUCAGUGGGUGAUUCGAGCAACAUCCGGUCGUCAUAUGUUGAUUCAUCUACGUCUGUAACAGGUACCAUUCGAAGUGAUAUUUGUGCAAGUGACAAUAGGAUGCUUAAUUCCCUGCAUGAACGUGUCAAUUUUUGUGAAUCUAAUAAUCUUGUAUCUCGUUGUUGUUCAUUGGGAGAUGGGUUAAUGAAUAGUGUUCAGAAUUCAUACGUUGCGUCGUCCGCUAACAAUACAAAAUCGAGUGUUGUUCAACAAUCUAAUGAUCGUCUGGCAUAUACUGCUGAACGUCAUCCUAUUAGUUCGUUCGAAGCUAUGAAUCGUUUUCGUAAAAUAAAGAAUUAUGUGAUGUAG